GUCAUUUCCUGUGCAAGCCUCCUUCACUCUGCAAAAAGCCACACGUUGGGUGAACCACAGGGUGGUUCUGGGGCUGCUCCUUCCCUCAGGGUUCUUCUGGGGCUGCUCCUUCCCUCAGGAUCCCUGGAUUCCCUCAUGGACCAGCCCGGAGCUCCACGCUGUGCCUCUGCCAGAUGAGCAUGGGCUUCCCUGCACGGCUUCUCACCCAUGGAUGGGAAUAAUUUUGGGUCUGCCUUGAUGCCAAUUGACACCUCUUGGUGCCUGACUCGGUUUCUGCUGGGAGGUUUUUCCCCUCUGAAGGACCCGUGGGGAUCAGAUCAGCUUUGGGUGGAGCUUGCAGCAACUUCUGAGGCUCUGUCUGUGCAAGACUGGCAGUAAAUAACUCUCCUGAGCGCUGUGAAGGGAUGGAAACUGCAGCUGAGGAAUGAUUUUUGGGGAGAGGAAGACAGAAAAGCACGAGCAAACUGUUUUGGAAGUGCAAAUUUCCUCCUAAAGGAUUCGGCAGAUGCACCAGCUAUGGAGUCAGGCUGUAGCAAGGGAGAUUUCUCCUCAGAGCAGACCUGUUAACCCUUUGAGGGAGUGCCUGGCAAUGAGGAGGAGCUGCUGAGCUGAGCUCUGCUGCAGGUUUAGUGCCCCACAGGGAAGCUCUUUGUGACCUGCAGGACCAUCUCUCCUGGCAAUGGAUAAAUUCACAAAUGGGCAGCCAGGCCCAGCUCAGAGGAACAGGCUCAUAGGGCUGCUGGAAACAGAUGACAGCCCCCAGGAGGAGAAACCUGCCCCGAGCAAAAAGGAGGAAAGGUCAGGGCCUGGGAGGAAAGGAGAGCCACAGCCCUUGGAGACACCUUACCAGAAGGAGAGCAGUGACUUUGCCCCUAAAAUCAAGAUUAAUCUGAAUUAUCGGCCAGGACUCGUCAGCAACCAGAAGGACCCGAAUCGCUUUGACAGGGAGCGGCUGUUCAGCGCCGUGGUCAGGGGCAGCCCGCAGGCUCUGGAGGGGCUGCUGGAGUAUUUAAGGAGGAACUCCAAAUUCCUCACCAACUCCGAGUACACAGAUGCAAAGACUGGGAAGACCUGCUUAAUGAAAGCCCUGCUGAACUUGAAAAAUGGGAGGAAUGACACCAUCCCAGUCUUGCUGGAAAUCGACCAAAAGACACAGAACCCCAGGCCCCUUGUCAACGUGUCCUGCUCUGACUGUUUCUACAGAGGCCAGACUGCCCUGCACAUCGCCAUCGAGAAAAGGAGCCUGGAGAUGGUGAAGCUGCUGGUGGAGAACGGAGCCGAUGUCCACGCCAGGGCCCACGGGGAGUUCUUCAGGAAGAAGAAAGAAGGAGUUUACUUUUAUUUUGGUGAGCUCCCCCUCUCCUUGGCUGCCUGCACCAACCAGCUGGACGUGGUGGAUUAUCUUCUGAACAACCCCCACCAGAAGGCCAGGCUGCAGGAGCAGGACACCCAGGGCAACACGGUGCUGCACGCCCUGGUGAUGAUUGCAGAUGACACCGAGGAGAACACCAAGUUUGUCAGCAGCACCUACGUGGAGAUCCUCAAGGCGGGCGUCAAGCUGGACCCCACCUGCAAACUGGAGGAGAUUGUCAACUAUGAUGGCUUGAAUCCCCUGCAGCUUGCUGCCAAGACAGGCAAAGUGGAGAUCUUCAGGCACAUCAUCCAGAGGGAGAUCCAGGAGCCCCCGUACCGGCACCUGUCCCGCAAGUUCACCGAGUGGACCUACGGCCCCAUCCACGUGUCCCUCUACGACCUGUCCUCCCUGGACAGCUUCGAGGAGAACUCUGUGCUGGAGAUCCUGGCCUACAGCAGUGACACCCCGAACCGGUACAAGAUGGUGGUUUUGGAGCCGCUGAACAAACUGCUUCAGCAAAAAUGGGAAACCUUUGCUUCCAAGAGGUUCUACUUCAGCUUUGCCUGCUACCUGUCAUUCAUGAUCAUCUUCACAGCCAUUGCAUACUAUCAGCCCUUGAGGGUAAAGCCUUCCUUCCCAGUGGAGUUCACAGCUGGAGGCUUCCUGUGGGUCUCUGGACUGAUCAUUAUCCUGUUGGGAGGCAUUUAUCUGAUCUUUGCUCAGAGCCUGUACCUGAGGAGGAGGCGCCAGUCCCUGAAGACCAUGUGCUCUGACAGCUGCAUCGAGAUCCUCAUCUUCAUCCAGGCCUUCUCCCUGCUGCUGUCAGCAGUGCUGUAUGGAGCCAGCUCAGAGAACUACGUGGCAGUGAUGGUGUUCUCCCUGCUGCUGGGCUGGGUGAACACCCUCUACUACACCCGCGGCUUCCAGCGCACCGGCAUCUACAGCGUCAUGAUCCAGAAGACCAUCAUGAGGGACCUGCUGCGUUUCCUCCUGGUCUACAUGAUCUUCCUCUUUGGCUUUGCUGCAGCCCUGGUGACGCUGAUGGGCGAUGCCCCCUCGGUGUCCCACAACAAGUCCCUGGCUCCCCUGGAGAGCUCGGGCAGCCACGCCAUGUACGGGGGGCUGCUCAGCGUCUCCCUGGAGCUCUUCAAGAUCACCAUCGGCAUGGGCGACCUGGACUUCCAGGAGCACGCCAGGUUCAGGUACUUUGUCAUGCUGCUGCUGCUGCUCUUUGUGAUCCUCACCUACAUCCUGCUGCUCAACAUGCUGAUCGCCCUCAUGAGCGAGACCGUCACGGACAUUUCUGGCUACAGCAAGAGCGUCUGGAAGCUGCAGAGGGCAAUUGCCAUCCUGGAGAUAGAGAAGGCCUGGCUGUGGCGCCAGGGGGGGAAGAGGAGAUCUGGCUGCUUCAUGUCCGUGGGGCUCAAUAAGAAGGAUGAGAGGUGGUGCUUCAGAGUAGAGGAAAUUAAAUGGACAGAUUGGGCAAAGGAUGUGGGAGUUCUGAAGGAAGAACCUGGGAGCACCAAUGAUUCAGAGCUAAAUCCAGAAGCUUCCUGCUGACGAGGGGCUGCUCUGUGUCCCUGCUGCAGACACCUGGAGACCAGCCCAGAAACCACCCCGAGCAGCUGCCCCCGAGGAGCUGGCCCUGCUGCAGCCCCAGGCCCCUGGCACAGAGAUGGUUCCUCUGCACAGACAGCCCAGAGAGCUCUGACAGCUCCCCUGAAUCUGCCUCCAUCUCCAGAGGAGCUGCUGGGAGAGCUGAAGGCACUGUCAGCAGCAAAGUGCAUUUUUUCGUGGAGGAUUGUGGCUCAGCCUGUGGCUUUCAGUGUUGUCAUGCACUUUAAUGAUUCAUUUCCUCUGAAGAAACUGUUUUUACUCGACUUUUCUCUGCCUGACACUUUCUUAUUAUUAUUCCUAAAGAUCCAGUGUGGGAGUGAACUGCUGGGGCAGUGGGAGAGGCAGAGCUCUCUGACCUGUGCAGGGAUAAUGCUCAUGAAAUAAAGUGGAUGAUGCUCAUGGAUAAUGCCCAUGGACGAUGCUCAUGGAUAGUGCCCAAGGAAUCACCUGGCUGAGGAUGGCCCAGCCUGUUCUCCUGUCACAAGAGACUGCACUGAAGUGCUUUGGAAUAAAAACUGUUGUAGACUCCUAAAAGCUGCAGAGGGUGGAGUUGUCUCUCUGCUGGCGUGAGAUGUGAGUGGACAAACCCUCACCCUGUGCAGCACCUGCAGGGCUCUGUGGUUAAUUCACAUCAGGAUCCCCAUUUCACACUUGCAGAGUGAAAUUCUUUGCCUAAAAGAAAAGUGAAGUGGAUUGUGGAAGUGGUGUGGAUUUCCUGGACCUGAAACUUCACUGGUGGAUUUCUGGGACUUGUGUUUUUCAUGGGUUGCUUUGUCUCUGUAAUAAACAGCAGCAGAAUCCUGCUCGUGGCCCCUGAGAGACUGAUGGGCCAACAUUUGUGUGUGGUUUUUGCUUCCUCUUACUCAUGUUGGCCAUCCUGUCUUGCUGCAAAUGUCUGCAAGGACUUUGUUCCUUUUUGUGACUUGCAGCCUGCUGUAAACUCUGUGGGAAAAGAGAUAACAAUGAGCUGUCUCACUUUUCACCCUGUUCAACAGUAAUAACAUGUAAAAUUUCUGUAAACAAUACAGCAAGUGUACUUAACUGAAAAAAUGUUCAUUUUUGGAUGCACUUUUAGAGCUUUGCCUUUCUCAGCAAGGGAGAGGAGGUGUUAUCGGUGUGGACUGUAGGUUCUUAUCAGAUUCCUGAUUGCUGCUGUGGGAGUUAACUCUUGUUUUUCACAGCCUCCUGUCAGUUUGUGCAGCCACAUCUGAGCCUGGAGCAGCUGGGGCUGCCCUGGAUGGCCCUCCCUAUCCAGGGGAAUGUUGGUGAGAAUCCCAGGAAAGGUUUAUCUCACCUUCCCUUCAGUGAGAUAAACCAUGCAACCUGAGAUGUCUCAGUUCCACUCUGAGUGAGCCUUGGAGGUUUUCCUUUUGGACACCAUCACCUUAAUCCUCACUGCAUGCAUGUGGAAGGCAGCAAAAUUUUGUUUUAAAACUCAUUCCCUGCACUUCAAUGGGUUCUUCCCCCUGUGCUGGGCAAUGCCCCCUCCAGCCUCACUGCUCUGGGACUCUGAGUGGGAACUGACUUUUCUUGCUCCACCUUCUGUUGUUUUCUUGCUUUGUGAAGCCUUCAGCUGCUUUUUCCAUCUAUGGCUUUGUCCUAAGUGUUCCCAAGAUCUGGCAAGGUGCUCAUCAGGACUAUGAUAAAUCUAUUGCUGUGCUGGGUGCUUUGCUGUGGCAGGGGCACUUGGGGAUUGUAAAGAAAGGCAGGAUCAGAUCUGCCAUCCCUGGCUGGACUCUCAAUAAAUAACCUUGCUGGUGGUUUGGGGAGGCUGUGGGCACUGACAGCUUUCAGCAUCACCUUCCUCUUCUGCCCUUCCUUGGACCUGCUUCUCUUUUAAAGCUUGGCAGUGCUCAUUUGUCUUUUGAUCUGCACCAGGAAUGUUCUGCUGUGAGGCAGGGCUUUGGCAUCCCCAGAGCUUCCCAGUCCCACCCCAGCCCAGCACUCAUGGAUGAAGGAUGGUGGUUCAGAGGCCCCAGAGAAUUUUGGGGUCCACUCUUAACAGAUGUUUUGUCAGGAAACCCUUCAGUCAUUAACACAAGAACUUCUCCACAGGUGAGCUGUCCUCUCCCUCUCUCCCUGGCAGGUAAACCCCACUGAGAAUUUUCUGUGCACAGGGGAGGUUUUGCAGGGCUCUGACUAAACAAUAAAACCUCUCACAAGUGGCAGUGGAGGAGCAGCUGCAGUUUCCCUGCUCUGCCUGAAGCACAGAGGCUCUGGGGGCCCAGCCCCGCCAUGGGGAGGCACCAACAGCUCCCAGUGCAGCUCCAAGGCUGUCCAAACCCUCUGGGUGUGCUUUGGUCAGAGUUCCUCAGCUCUUGGCAGGUGAGAGAUGAACCUUGGGCACCCAAACCCCUCCUUUACCCCAGCACACUCUGCCUGCUCCUUGCUCCCUCUGUGGAAGGCUCUGAGUUCUCUGCAAUUUUCCUAAAAAAACCCCCCAUCUCUGCUCUGUUCCUAAUUCCCUAUUUUCCUCAGGAGCAGAGAUGGAAUCAAACCUUCCUUGUUCUUCAGAUGCUUUGCACACUUUGGUGAGUUUCCCCCCCUGUUUUUCCAAAGGCUGCUCUGAAGCUGGAGCCAGCACUGGGAGCUGGAUCCACGAGCUGGUUCCUCCCUCUCCAUCUCCCUGUGACCCCACUUGCAACUGAGCAUAUUUUCCAUUGCCUCUGGAGCUCGCAGAGGGAGCCUUUGAAAUGUGACAGCCGCGGGGCUGGGACAAAGAGCAGAUGCUUUCUCUAAGUCCCAGGAGCUGCCCAGGGCUGGGGCUGAAGGGCUGCAGCUGGUGGAGUUUGCAGCUGGACUCCUCCUGGGGCUGCCUCUCACUUUUUGGGCUUUGCUGUACUCAAGAAAUUUCAUUUCUUGCUCUGGGAUUAAAAGAAAAAUUACAAUGGGAGAAAAAAAUAAUUUGAAAAGAAAACUUGCACUUUGCAACCUCACUUCUGCUUCUGCAGCACAAAAAACCCCAAACUUGGGGCUAGACAGCAGCAGGCAAAGUCUCAGAAAAUGUGGCUGUGGCUGCCUUGGGGGUGGAACAGAACUCUCACUAAAUCUGAGUGCAAAGGGGUUUUUCUUGCUUCCUCUUUUGCCAUAAUAUUUUCUUUUUUUUUUUCAGCUGAGAUUUGUGGUAUGCGGGGUGUUACAGCAUUUCUGGUCUGUGAGGAUGUUUGUCAAAAGUUGAACACACAGAGAGGAAAAUGUCCAUGGAGUUUGUUGCUCUCUUUCCUCAGAAUCCUUGGAAAAUUUAGAUUUUCUGGGCAAAGAGAACCAUGUCUGUAUUUCACUGGGCAGCAGAGCCAUCCCCAGCUGGCAGUGUUGGUUUUGUUGCUGUUCACAUCUCCAACACUGAAGUCAGGGACUCCAUCAUUGCAGAGAAAAUAAUUCUGCUAUUUUGGAAUCCUCUGGAUGAAAACCUUCAUCCAUUAGGACAAGAAUGAAUCUGCUGAGUGCCAGAACCAUUUCCCUUUGUUCAUCCCAAGCUUGCAGUGCUUUUACCUCUGCAGCAAAUACAUUGGAAGGAAUCAUGGAAUUUGGAAAAAGAGUGGGAAAAAGUUCAGCUAACUGGGCUGUGCUGUAUUUCUGUUCCACUCUCAUGGGUCACAGGGAGGGAGGUUGCCAGCUGUGCUAUUCCCUUUUCUGCUGUCAGAUUGUUGAAUAAUGAUUUUGCUGCUGCUAAACUGGUUACAGGAUCCGUCCCUGAGGAUGGCUGGAA